AUGUCUACUAUCGUCUAUCGACAAGCUUCCCAACCUUCCAUGGACUCCUCUCAUGUCGUAGAGGCAACAACCAUGCGACUCAAACUGGUUUCACCCAAAUCUUGCAACCAAAAAACCCUUUUUGGAGGUUGGAGUUUUCUCCAAUCUCCUUCAUCCCAGAAACCCGUAGAGGAUUCUUAUAUAGAUGCCACAUAUCUUCAUAACCAAUCUUUGAAGCUGAGCCAGAAAAGCCUCGAACUUUGUACUGAAAGAUUAGGUAGUGAAUCAGGCAGUGAUACAAGUGAGGACGAUGCCAUAUUCACCUCCCCAGCAUCGAGUUUAUCUGUCAAAAGGGGCCGAAGAGAACCGGUGGAGUCGAAGAAGGUGUCUUCGCGAAGCUUUCCACCUCCAUUGACGACGAUGAGUGGGUCUAAACCGUUUCAAGUUAGGCCACACCGUGAAGGAGGGAGGCUAAUAAUUGAAGCCAUGGAGACAUCAUUGGGAACCAGUUGUUUACGAGCCGAAAGGAGCCAUGGUCGACUUCGGUUGACGUGUUGGAAGAGCGAAGAAGGUGAUUGCGAUACGAAAGGUCAAGAAAAUGACAUGAACGAUGUAGAGAAGAGUGAGGGGGAGAUGGAAAGAAAUGUCGUAGUUGAAAAUUUUCAAAGGCUAAGAAGGUGCAACGAAGAUGAGCAUGGAGACAAAGGAAUAUGCUGUCAUUGGGAGCCAGCUUCCUGUUGGGUCGCUACUUCUUAG